AGGAAAAGACGGAAAAACAACAUGUCGGAUUCAAUUCAGAACCGCUACGAGCAUCUGACAGCAGAGCAGAUGGACGAGCAGAGGAUCCAGAACAUGGCCUAUCAGUAUUUGUGCAGACUGGAGGAGGCUAAACGGUGGAUGGAGACGUGUUUGGGAGCGGAGCUUCCUGCCUCCACGGAGUUGGAGGAGGCACUGAGGAACGGAGUUGUUCUGGCCAAACUGGGUCAUCAAUUCGCUCCAACUGUUGUCCCUCUGAAGAAGAUCUUUGACCCCGAGCUGCUCCGAUACCAGGCUGCAGGUCUGCAGUUCCGGCAUACGGACAACAUCAACCACUGGAGGAACGCCAUGACAUCUCUGGGCCUGCCUGCGAUCUUCCAUCCUGAAACUACAGACGUGUACGACAAGAAGAACAUGCCCAGAGCUGUUUACUGUCUCCACGCUCUUAGCCUGUACCUGUACAGACUUGGAUUGGCUCCACCCAUCCAUGAUCUUUAUGGAAAAGUCAAGUUUACAGAGGAGGAGAUCAACAACAUGAAGCUGGAGCUCGAUAAAUAUGGCAUCCAGAUGCCAGCGUUCAACAAGAUUGGAGGCCUCCUGGCCAAUGAGCUGUCCCUGGAUGAAGCUGCAGCGCAUGCCGCUGUCAUUGCCAUCAACAAGGCGCUGGACAGAGGAGACGUGGGCAAGACGGCCGUGGCUCUGAGGAACCCUGCAGCUCUGCUCAUCCACCUGCAGGAAGUGCUGAUGAGCAGCUACCAGGAGGUGCUGCAGGAGGCCAGGAGGAGGAAGGCUGAGGGUGCCGCUGGCAAGGGGGGAGGUUCAGAGGACAUGUAUGAGGAGUAUCUGACCCAGAGGGAGAUCCAGCAGCACAUAGACGCCGUCAACGUGCGAUCAGCGGUGGAGCAAGUGGAUGAAGCUCUGGACGCUGCAGACGAACUCGCCAUACUUUCUGCUCUGCAGCUGUCAUGUUUGGCCCUCAGGGGCCUCCAUACUGAAAAUGGGCCCUGGUACCUGGACCAGCUGUUGUUGGACCGGCAGCAGAAGGCUCUGGAUCAGGGUUCUGUUGAUCCUCUGGAACCUGUCGAGCUGCAGGAGAGCAUCUCUGCUGCCAACCAGGAGGCUCAGGGAGACAGAACCAUGCUCGUGGCAAUGCAGAGAGUGAACUCAUCACUACGUGGGAACAACCCCCAGCUCACCUUGACCUGCCUGAUGACUUCUGACCUCCUGCUUCCAGAGGUGUUUCCGUCUGCUGCAACACUUUAUCACCACGAGCUGCAGCAGCUGCAGAGACAGGCCGCGCAGGGCGAGCUGCAACAGGAGGAGCUCUUUGUUGCCGUGGAGAUGCUGUCAGCUGUCGCUCUCAUCAAUCAGGCCUUGGAGGCGAGACAUGUGCAGAAGUUCAGCUCGUCAUUGGUCAGUCCAUCUGUGGGCCUCUCUGAUGUAGACCACGCCCUGAUGAACAGGUACCUGCAGCACUUGGCAGGUGAGCAGCAGCAGCUGGACACACAUCUGCUCACCUGGAACCAGCUGCAGGAAGGAGUCCAAGCUGUGAACACACACGUGCAGGACGAGCACCAGAAGCUCCUUGCUGUUGAGCUGAUAAACAAAGCUGUGAGGAGUGGAAGUGUCCAGCAGCUGAUGUCUGCACUCAUGCUGCCCUCUUGUGGCAUGGAGGAGGUCUUACCUGCCAACGCCUGUCAAUACCUGACUCUGCUGACUGGAGCGAGACAGCACAAAGCCCAGGUGAGCAGAGAGCCAGGAGCUGCACUGUGGUUGGCCGAUAUCCAGGAAGUAGUGAAGCUGGCCAAUCAGCAGAGUCAGAAAGCUUUGAAACUGAGCCUUGCGGUGGCAGCUGUGAAUCAGGCGGUGAAGGAGAACCAGGUCCAACAGACACUCAGAGUCUUGUCUCUGCCGGAGCUCGAGCUGCGAGGACUUCUGCCUGACUGUGCUGCAGAUUAUCAGCGAGAGCUGAGAGAUCUGCUCACAGACAGGAAGCACUCAGGUAACACUCACGUGAGCGUGGAGCAGAACCAUGUCCUUUCUGAAACCCUAACACAGGCACUGUGCUCAGGUGAAAACAGGAGUUCGUGGGUUCAAAUCCGGCUGAAUGAAGGAUCAUUUUAUUACUUUCACCUGAAGAGACUGGAGGGGAGCUGGGAGAGACCUGAUGCAUUCAAGCAUAAUGGCGUGUUCAUCGAUCAGCAUGAGAUACAGGCGGUGGUGAGUGUCGUUUUGGCAUCCUACAAUCGCAGCGUUCUGUGGCAGAGCAGCAACGCCAUCGUCACUUGCCUGCAGGCUCGGUGUCGGGGCUUCUUGAUUCGACGGCAGCUGGAAGCUCGACACCGUUACCUGACUGAGCAGACACCUGCGGUCGUCAUCAUCCAGUCUCAUUGGAGGAGAUGGGUCCAGCAGCGAGCAUUCAGGUGGCGGCUGCAGUUCCUGCACAUGAACUGGAGAGCUGUUGUCACGAUUCAGGCGUUUGUGAAGAUGUGGCUGCAGAAGAAGAAAUAUUUAGGCCGACUGAAUUUCUUCAGACAGAACGUGGAUGCUGUCAUAAAAAUCCAGGCGUUCUUCAGAGCCAGCAGAGCGAGACAUGAGUACCGGAUGCUGGUGUGUUCAGAUAACCCCCCCCUGUCCGUGCUAAGGAAGUUCCUUCACCUGCUGGAUCUGGGUGAUUGUGACAUGAGAGAGGAGGUGGAGCUUCUGCGACUGAGGGAGGAAGUGGUGAGAAGCAUUCACUUCAACCGAGAGCUAGAGGCAGACCUGAACCUGAUGGAUCUGAAGAUUGGACUCCUGGUCCGGAACAGAGCCACACUACAGGAAGUUGUGUCUCAAUGUAAGAAACUAACGAAGAAGAACAAGGAGCACCUGUCAGAUCUGAUGGAUGUGGAACGAACUAAAGGACUAAAGGCUCUGAGCCGGGACAGGAGGGACAGACUGGAGGCCUACCAGCACCUGUUCUACCUGCUGCAGACACAGCCUCUCUACCUGGCUCAGGUGAUCUUCUUGAUGCCUCAGAGUGGCUCCACCUCUUUCAUGGAGAGGUUGGUCUUCAGCCUGUUUAACUACGGCUCUGACCGCAGAGAGGCAUUCCUGCUGCUCCAGCUGUUCACAGAGGCGCUCCAAUAUGAGAUCAGACUGAAGGUGACUCAGCCUCAGGAUGUGGUCACAGGCAACCCCACCGUCUUCAAGAUGCUGGUAAACUUUUACCGCCAUGCCCGCGGUCACAACGCACUGCGAGACUUUCUGGGCCCUGCUCUGAAAGACAUCCUGCUGGACCGUACUCUGAUCACCAGAACCGACCCGGUGGAGGUCUAUAAGGCCUGGAUCAACCAGAUCGAGACACAGACUGGACAUAAGAGUCCUCUGCCCUACGACGUUUCUCCUGAGGACGCUUUGUCCCAUCCUGAAGUCCAGAGACGAAUCGACAUCGCCAUCCUAAACUUAAAGAACCUGACUGGUCGAGUUCUCAAGGCCAUCACCUCCAACCUCAACAAACUCCCGUAUGGUCUGCGGUACUCUGCCAAGGUGCUCAGAGACACCCUGAAGACCAAGUUCCCUACAGCCGGCCAGGAGGAGCUCUACAAGAUUGUGGGGAACUUGGUCUACUAUCGCUACAUGAACCCGGCCAUCGUGGCUCCGGACGUGUUUGACGUGGUGGAUCGCUCGGCAGGCUCUACCCUGCAGCCGGAGCAGCGCCACCUCCUGGGCUCCAUCUCUCGCCUCCUGCAGCACGCCGCCGCUAACAAGAGCCUGCACGGAGAUGGGUACCAGGUCCAGGCCCUGAACCAGUACAUCGGUCAGAUGCACAGCAAGUUCAGGAGGUUCUUGCAGUCUGUCUGUGAUGUCCCAGAACCGGAGGACAAGUUCUGCAUGGACAAGUUCUCAGAGCUGCUGAUUGUCAACAGACCCGUCAUCUACAUCUCUGUCAGCGAUCUGCUCAACGUGCACCAGUUGUUGUUCGAGCACCAGGAUGUUGUGUGUCCAGACCCAUCAGACCUACUGAGACUGAUUCUGGAGGACCUCGGACCGGUAUCGACACUGCAGGAGCUAAUAGGAGAGUCUUCGGCUGAUCCAGGAUCUGAGUUCUGUAAUUUGGAGAUUUCACUGACUCUGUCCAACAAGUUUGACAUUUUCAACGAGUCAAAUGAUAAAGCAGAUGCCAGAGGACUGCUGCUCAGCACCAAACAGCUGAUCACUGAUGUCAUUAGGACUCAGCCAGGUGACUCUCUAAGUGACAUCUUGAGAAAAAAGACUUCUCCUGGCCAGGAAGUGCAUCAUGAUUGGCUGAUGAAGCGUCGUGCCCAACAGGAUGCUCAAACCCCUGAGAAGAUGAAGAAGAAUCAGUCGCUGGUCGCCAACAGCAACCUGAGUCUGUUGGAGAAGAAGAGGAAGAUUCUGCGGAGUCUUCGUUGUCUGGAGGGACUGGGAGUUCUGAGACCGCCUCAAGCAGAGAACCAGAUCCUACAGAUGAUUGCAAAGGACAUCCGGCAGCUGCGUUUGCACCGUCAGCAUCGGGGGGUGGAGCUUCUACAGCUUCGUCAGACUCUCUGUAGGCUACAGGAGAAGAGCACCUUCCACAGCGAACAGGUCGACUACUACAAACAUUACAUCACUUCCUGUCUAGAAAACCUGACGGCCAACAGUAGAUCAGCCAAGAAGAAGAAGACGGCUGACGGUGGAGGGAGGACACUUCCUGCGCUGAGCUACAGUGCCGCCCGGCUGCAGGAGAAGGGGGUUCUGCUGGAGAUCCAGGACCUGCCACACACACAGUUUAAGAACGUUGUCUUCAACAUCCUUCCUGGACCCAGAUCUGGGAGCUUCAGGGUCAAAGCUCAGUUUCUUGGGGUGGAAAUGGAGGAGUUCCUGCUCCAAUACCAGGACCUGCUGCAGCUGCAGUAUGAGGGCGUUGCAGUGAUGAAGAUGUUUGAUACGGCCAAAGUUAAUGUUAAUCUUCUCAUCUUCCUCCUCAACAAGAAGUUCUUCAAGAAAUGA